AUGGAGAUAGAAUCCCCCUUGCCUACCCCAGAUGAGCUUGGGAAUGGGAGGCAGACGGGAUCAUUUAAUGGGCCUUCUAGUACAGGAUCAGGUGUUUUAUUGACAUGGGAUGAUUUAUGGGUCACUAUACCUUCAUCAGGAAGUAAUAACAAUGGCAGAGCUCUACUUCAAGGGCUUAAUGGGUAUGCUCAACCUAGUGAGAUCUUGGCCAUUAUGGGUCGUUCUGGUUCUGGCAAAUCAACUCUUCUCGACGGAUUAGCAGGAAGGUUAGCGUCAAACAAAAGACAAUCAGGGUCGAUCAAAGUAAAUGGUCGAAUACAAACGUCCGCUUUGGGAGCGUCGGCUUAUGUUACACAAAAUGAUGCACUUACAACAAUGCUAACGGUUAAAGAAUCUGUUUGCUAUUCUGCAAUGCUCCAACUACCUCAAUCCAUGACAAGUUUUGAAAAAAAAGAUAGGGCAGAAACAACGAUAAGAGAAAUGGGAUUACAAGAUUCAAUAAAUACAAGAAUUGGUGGAUGGAAUAGUAAAGGAAUUAGCGAAGGACAAAAGCGAAGAGUAAACAUUUGUAUAGAGAUUUUAACACGUCCGAAACUUCUUUUCCUGGAUGAACCCACAAGUGGUCUCGAUAGUGCAACAUCUUGCCAUCUCAUGGACAGAAUUGUGAAGCUUACGCAACAAUGUGGAAUGACUGUUAUUGUUUCCAUUCACCAACCAAGCAGUGAAGUUUUUGGUCUCUUCAAUAAUCUUUGUCUACUUUCCUCCGGUAAAACAGUUUAUUUUGGUCCAGCUUUUGCUGCACAUGAGUUUUUCGGAUUGAAUGGAUUCCCUUGCCCCACUAUGAGAAACCCAUCAGAUCAUUACUUGAAAAUAAUCAACAAAGACUUUGAUAAUGUAAGUCUUAAUGAAGAUGUGGACAUCGAACAAGGUUUUAUAGGAAACAAACAAGCAACCACAGAGGAAGCAAUAAGUAUUUUAGUGGAGUCAUACAAGUCAUCUCAGUUCUUCCAACAAGUAAAGCACCGGAUAUCUGAGAUCUUUAAUGAGGAAGGGAAAGUACUUGAAAGGGGAAGUCAAGCUAGCUUCUUAACACACUCAUUUGUCCUUACAAAAAGGUCCUUCGUGAACAUGUAUCGUGAUUUUGGUUAUUACUGGUUGCGUCUUGGAAUCUAUAUUUCACUAAGUCUUUGUAUUGGUACAAUUUUUUUUGACAUUGGCCACAGUUCCGGUUCAAUACAGGCUAGAGGUGCAAUGCUUAUGUUUUUAACGACAUUAUUAACUUUCAUGUCAAUUGGUGGAUUCCCUUCUUUCGUGGAGGAUAUGAUGAUAUUUGACAGAGAAAGAUUAAACGGGCAUUAUGGUGUUGCGGCUUUUGUAAUUGGAAACACACUUUCCUCUAUACCUUACUUACUUAUAAUCUCCUUAAUCCCGGUAGCCAUUGUUUAUUACUUGGUUGGUCUUCAAAAAGGACUCGAUCAUUUCCUCUUUUUUGUUUUAAUAAUUUUUCUAUCUGUGAUGGUAGUCGAGAGCUUAAUGAUGCUCUUGGCAAGUAUGGUUCCUAAUUAUCUUAUGGGAAUAAUAGUAGGAGCCGGAAUUCAAGGUAUGAUGGUGUUAAAUGCUGGUUUCGUUAGAUUACCAGAUGAUAUUCCUGAAGUUUUCUGGAAAUAUCCAAAUUACUAUAUAGCCUUCCAUAGAUACGCAAUUGAAGGACUUUACAAAAAUGAGUUCGAAGGAUUGAAUUUUACUAGGAACCAAGGAGAAGGAUCACCAAUUAUUACGGGCGCAGAAAUUAUAGAAACAACAUGGCAAAUGCCUGGUUAUUCAAAAUGGAUUGACAUCGGUGUUUUAUUUGGAAUGGUGGUUUUCUAUAGACUAAUGUUCUUUUUUAUCAUUAAGAUGUCUGAAAAGAUUAAACCCAUUUUAAGAAGUUCUUAG